CGGUCACCAUAGAGACGGGGACUGACAGCGAGCGGAAGAGGAAGGAACGGGCCAGGCUGUGAGGUGGCAGCGGCUGCAGCGGCGGAGCCGGCGCCUCGGGCCCUGGGGUCUGUUCCCCCUUCCCCGCCCUACCCCUGCAAGGGGCGUCGGGGGCGCCGCUCCGGAGGACAGGAGCACGUCCCAGCCCCACGUCCUCACCCCCACUCCCCGGGACCGGGCUGGCCGCGGCCGCCAUACCCCGGCCGCCCGUUAUCCGCCCGCCGCCGCCGCUGGCCCGGCUGCAGGGGACUCCCCCCGUGGGCCUCGGGGUGUCCUUGGUUGUUCUUCGCCCACUGGCGCAGGCAGGGCUUUUGCCCCCGCUGACGGGCCUGAGAACGGGGUCUUUGCCCUCCUCUCCCCGCCGCGACCUCCAUUCCCGUCGCCAGAACGAACGGAGUCUCCCUGCUCCUCCUCUACAGCCCCGUGACGCAGCCAGUUUUAUUUCUGUUGUGAGACUAACGGCUAACACUCGCUUUGGGCCUUCUUUCUAGGACUUAGAGUUGCUCUUUGAUUGCUGAGAGGUAGACAGGGGCGCCGGGCUUGACAACGGGCGCACCGGAAGCCAGCCGAGCAUCCGUGCGCCUUCACAGGAUCCCUGCGUUGUCGCUAGCUGCUUCUCUUCUGGGUUUGCUUUGGUUCGGUUUGGGUACCCGGGGCUCUGGUAACACCAAACACCGAAUCGCUCUUAGGCGGCCGGGGUUACUGUCAUUGGCCUCCCGUCCCUUCUCAGAAGAUGGUGGGCAGCACCAGCCUCUCAGCAGCGGGGGUUCGGAGAAGAACGCCCUGCAGAGUGACUCCAUCAGCCACUGUGCUCCUCUGAGAGGCUCUGCGUGCUGAGUCACCAUAUCCUCCGUCCACCUCAUUAGGUGGGCAGAGCUUCUGUGCGCGGUGCCAGUGGCUCCUGACCACUCCUGACUACUGGGAGGGGUGGGUACCCUAGCCAGAUGUCUGCUUAACACUCGGGAAUAGAGUGGAAAGGCCCUGCCCCCAUCCCGGUGCCGGCCUUCAGCGGCCCGUCAGCAGCGCCUGCAGUAAACUGAGUGAGACGUGCCCCCGCCAGGCGCUCUUUGGGAAAGGCCCGUGGAGUUAGGCUCCUCUAGCCGGGGGCUGUUGUGUUGAUGGAGCACGUGCUUUUCCCCAAGCCCAUCUUUAUGGGUUGCUGCCAUCUCUUGGCUUAGAUCCAGUCUACAGAUGUAUGUAGUCCUUUUGGGGUUAGGUUUGACAGGAUUGAGUUUUAUUUCCUCCCGUUUUUACUGGAAGCCUCACCAUUAGUGGGUGAAAUUGAUUCUGAUAUUUACUAUCUGGAUUGAGGGUUAGAUCCAGCACCUUGACAACAGAAGGCCAGGCAGACAUUUCCCGGGGAUACUGGGCCUGGAAGCAAACACGCCUUGUUCUCUUGGUGACCUCAUUGACCCCAGGUUCCUUUGUUAAAACUGCAGACCUACACCCGGCCAGGUGCCCAUUUACCCACUGAUCGAUCCUUGAGGCUGUGCCCUCUGGGGCACGCACAUGGCAGGGCCCACCGCCAUGCGACUGAGCUCAGUGUUGGCUCUGCUGCGACCAGCACUGCCCCUCAUCCUAGGGCUGUCUCUGGGGUGCAGCCUGAGCCUCUUGCGGGUUUCCUGGAUCCAGGGUGAGGGAGAAGAUCCCUGUGUAGUGGCUGUGGGGGAACCAGGAGGGCCACAGAAUCUAGACUCAGGAACUCAGCUUGACCAAAGUGAUGAAGACUUCAAACCCCGGAUUGUCCCCUACUACAGGGACCCCAACAAGCCCUACAAGAAGGUGCUCAGGACUCGGUACAUCCAGACAGAGCUGGGCUCUCGCGAGCGGUUGCUGGUGGCUGUCCUGACCUCCCGGGCCACACUGUCCACUCUGGCUGUGGCUGUGAACCGCACGGUGGCUCACCACUUCCCUCGGUUACUCUACUUCACUGGGCAGCGAGGGGCCCGGACUCCGGCAGGGAUGCAGGUGGUAUCUCACGGGGACGAACGGCCAGCCUGGCUCAUGUCCGAGACCCUGCGCCAUCUUCACACACACUUUGGGGCCGACUACGACUGGUUCUUCGUCAUGCAGGAUGACACGUACGUGCAGGCCCCCCGCCUGGCAGCCCUGGCUGGCCACCUCAGCAUCAACCAAGACCUGUACCUGGGCCGGACGGAGGAGUUCAUCGGCGCGGGCGAGCAGGCCCGAUACUGCCACGGCGGCUUUGGCUACCUGUUGUCACGGAGCCUCCUGCUUCGAUUGUGGCCCCAUCUGGAUGGCUGUCGAGGAGACAUCCUCAGUGCCCGUCCUGAUGAGUGGCUUGGCCGCUGCCUCAUUGACUCUCUGGGCAUCGGCUGUGUCUCACAGCACCAGGGGCAGCAGUAUCGCUCAUUUGAACUGGCCAAAAAUAGGGACCCCGAGAAGGAGGAGAGCUCGGCUUUCCUGAGUGCUUUUGCGGUGCACCCUGUCUCCGAGGGAACCCUCAUGUACCGGCUCCACAAGCGCUUCAGUGCUCUGGAGCUGGAACGAGCGUACAGUGAAAUAGAACAGCUGCAGGCUCAGAUCCGGAACCUGACCGUGCUGACCCCUGAGGGGGAGGCAGGCCUGAGCUGGCCCAUUGGGCUCCCGGCCCCUUUUACACCGCACUCUCGUUUUGAGGUGCUGGGCUGGGACUACUUCACAGAGCAGCACACCUUCUCCUGUGCAGACGGGGCCCCCAAGUGCCCACUGCAAGGGGCUAGCAGGGCAGAUGUGGGUGACGCCGUGGAGACUGCUUUGGAGCAGCUGAAUCGGCGCUAUCAGCCCCGCCUGCGCUUCCAGAAGCAGCGGCUGCUCAACGGCUACCGGCGCUUUGAUCCAGCGCGGGGCAUGGAGUACACCCUGGACCUGCUGCUGGAAGCUGUGACGCAGCGCGGCCACCGGCGGGCCCUGGCCCGCAGGGUCAGCCUGCUGCGGCCCCUGAGCCGGGUGGAGAUCCUCCCCAUGCCCUACGUCACCGAGGCCACCCGCGUGCAGCUGGUGCUGCCGCUGCUGGUGGCCGAAGCCGCCGCGGCCCCUGCGUUCCUGGAGGCCUUUGCAGCCGGUGUCCUGGAGCCACGAGAGCAUGCCUUGCUCACCCUGCUGCUGGUCUAUGGGCCGCGGGAAGGGGGCCGAGGGGCCCCGGACCCGUUUCUUGGGGUGAAGGCUGCAGCGGCUGAGUUGGAACGACGGUACCCUGGGACGAGGCUGGCCUGGCUCGCUGUGCGCGCGGAGGCCCCUUCCCAGGUGCGGCUCCUGGACGUGGUCUCUAAGAAGCACCCCGUGGACACGCUCUUCUUCCUCACCACCGUGUGGACCAGGCCCGGGCCCGAAGUCCUCAACCGCUGCCGCAUGAACGCCAUCUCCGGCUGGCAGGCCUUCUUCCCGGUCCACUUCCAGGAGUUCAGCCCCGCCCUGGCACCACAGAGGUCUCCCCAGGGGCCCCCGGGGGCCGGCCCCGACCCCCCGUCCCCUCCUGGUGCUGACCCUGCCCGGGGGGCUCCCGCCGGGGGCAGGUUUGACCGACAGGCUUCCGCAGAGGGCUGCUUCUACAACGCGGACUACCUGGCGGCGCGAGCCCGGCUGGCUGGUGAGCUGGCAGGCCAGGAAGAGGAGGAAGCCCUGGAGGGGCUGGAGGUGGUGGAUGUUUUCCUCCGGUUCUCAGGGCUCCACCUUUUCCGGGCCGUGGAGCCAGGGCUGGUGCAGAAGUUCUCCGUGCGUGACUGCAGCCCUCGGCUCAGCGAGGAGCUCUACCACCGCUGCCGCCUCAGCAACCUGGAGGGGCUGGGGGGCCGUGCGCAGCUCGCCAUGGCUCUGUUUGAGCAGGAGCAGGCCAAUAGCACCUAGCGCGGCCCGGGCCCCCCCCGCACCCCGCGCCGCCACUUAGAGCCCUUCUGGCCUUAGCCCCGGCCAGGCGGGGCAAGAUGGAUGGACCGACGGAGGGCUUGUUGCUGUAUUUCUGAAUAAGAAAAUGUUAUUAAAAGUGUCUUCUGCCAAACUGUUUUUAGGUUUAGGGAAAAUGGAGUAAGAAGACUCUGAGGGAGGGGGUGGAGGGACCCACUGCCCUCCCCUUCCUCCUCCCUCCCCAGUUACCAAUGACCACACGGCUGUUAUCAGGUGAAUGACCUUUAAUCCAGUCCCUGCCUCACGGCCAGGCGUCAGGAGUGAUGGCGGAGCCCUAGGGGACAGGGCAGGGCCUGAGGCCCCCAGCGGCACUCGUUCACAGGGCUCCUAGGUGUUGCGCGCAACCAGGGAUUGCUCCAGCUCCUGCCUGCGCUGCUGGAUCUGUAGAGAAAUGAGAGCAGAAGCAGGUUACCGUGGUGCUGCGCUCCCUGAGUCCCCUUCACCUUGAGGUCCCGGCUCUGGGAGCGGAGGAGGUCUUGGAUGUAGCCUUUGGGGUCUCUGGAGAAGCUUAGCAUGAAGUCCCUCUGGAUCUUGAGCUGGUUUAUGGACUCAAUCGUCUCAUGGAUCUACAGGCCCACGUUCUUGUCUGUUUUGUCUGUACUUCUGUCACUUUUGGGUUGAUGUCCCACUCCAGCUCUGGGCUCUGGCCCCACCUUACUGUCCAGAGCGCUGAUCUCCUGCUGGUUGGCCGUGGACAGGAGGAAGCUGCUCAUCUGCCCCUUCAGUGGCUCCUCCACCUCCACGUCAAUGUCAUAGCACGCCGUCUUCUUCUGGUCCGACGGGUCCACGCUGCCAGGGGAGUCCAGCCCUUGGCGUCCGUGCCGCCCCCACAGAGGCCAAGGGCGCUGGGGCCCGAUGCAGAGGGGAGGGGGGGCACGGGGGGGAGGCAGAGGGAGGGGCAGGGAGGCCAGGACCACCACAGAGAUUCCCUGUUCCGAGGAGCAGCUGGGGGCCUCACCUGAUGACGUGGUUGAUGACGAUUGGGUCAGGGGGCAAUAGCAGAGCUGUGAGGCGCUGGGGAAUCUCAGAAAACUUCAGCCGGGGACAGUCAAAAAUCUGAAGUGGGAGAGAGAGAUCGCUCUUCUGUGCUUGAAAGAGCACAGUUUCCAAUCUGAAAAGGCCAUGAGAAGCCAGUGCUCAUGGGGCUGGGGCCAGGUGGGCUGCGACCAGAGGAGCGCUGACGGGGAGGGGUGUGCAGCGCGCGGGUGAGAGCACAGGCCCUGGGUCGGCCGGCCCGGGUGUAAGUGCUGCUUCCACCGCUCCUGCAACCCUGAGCAACUUACUUAACACCUCGGCCUCAGUUUCGUCAUCUCUGGAAAGGGGAUGGGAAUGGUAUCUAUCUCAAGGGGUUGUUAGAAUGAAAUGAGUCGGUUACGCACAAAGUGCUUGGAACAGUGCUCGGCACGUGGUAAGUGCUCAAUAAAUAUCGACUGUUAUUUUUACUA